AUGCUGCUGAUCCCAGACCUCAUCAAGAAGAAGAGAAAUGGAGGAGUGCUGAGUGAUGACGACAUCAAAACUUUCAUCCAGGCUGUGACAGAUAAAACCAUCCAGGACUGUCAGACAGGGGCGAUGCUGAUGGCAAUCUGGCAAAAGGGGAUGGUUACCAAGGAGACAGAGGCCCUGACCAGAGAGAUGAUGUUAUCGGGGGAAGUGAUGUCAUGGCCAAAGGAGUGGGCAGGCCGAGUGGUUGAUAAACACUCCACAGGGGGAGUAGGAGAUAAAGUCAGUUUGGUGCUGACACCUGCACUCGCUGCCUGUGGCUGUAAGGUGCCAAUGAUCAGUGGGCAGGGCUUGGCUCAUACAGGAGGAACUCUGGAUAAAUUGGAAUCAAUUCCAGGAUUCAAUAUCCACCAGUCGCCAAAACAGAUUGUGGAGAUCCUGGGCUCAGUGGGCUGUUGCAUUGUGGGACAGACCGAGAAGUUGGUUCCUGCAGAUCGAGUCCUGUACGCUCUGCGGGACGCCACCAGCACUGUGGACAGCAUACCACUCAUUACUGGCUCUAUUAUCUCAAAGAAAGGUGCCGAGUCUCUGGCUGCGCUGGUGCUGGAUGUGAAGUUCGGACGAGCUGCUCUGUACAAGGACCCGGAGGGCGCUAAAGCGCUAGCACAGUCGAUGGUGGAUGCAGGAAACAACCUGGGCAUGCAAACAUGCGCAGUGCUCAGCUCGAUGGACGGGACCGUGGGCCAAUGUGUGGGCAACAGUCUGGAGGUGAUUGAGUCUCUGGAGACGCUGAAGGGGAACGGACCCGAAGACCUGAUGGAGCUCGUUACCACUCUGGGUGGACUGCUGCUGCAGAUGACUGGCCUGGUAUCCGAUCUACCCACUGGCAGACAAAAGCUCUCUGAAGCUGUGAGCACUGGAGCAGCUCUGUCCAAGUUCCAGGCCAUGAUGGAGGCUCAGGGCGUGGCUACAGAGACGGCGCGGGCACUGUGCUCCACCCCCACAGACUACUACAGCAUCCUGAGAAAAGCUGCCCAUCAGACUGAGCUGGAGACGCCUGAAGAGGGUGUAGUUCUGGAUGUGGCCGGUCUGGUUUUAGCUGAAGUCCUACAUAAGUUGGGGGCCGGACGGUCUAAGGUUGGAGAAUCUAUCAAUCACAGUGUGGGGGCGGAGCUUUUGGUGUCGCUGGGGCAGAGGGUCAAGAAAGGCACCUCCUGGCUGCGUCUUCAUCACGAGGAUCCGGCUCUGACUCCACACCAGAUUCAUGCGCUACAGGGCGCUCUGACUCUUGGAACAGGCCCACAAACACAACAGAAACACACGUUGGUGAAGGAGCUGCUGCUUCCAAAGCAACACGCAUAAUGCUUUUUAUUUGCUGACACACAAUUAUGAAUUUAACAGUAAAAGUAGCAGUACCAGUGUAAAAAUACUUACUGUUAAGUAUUCAUAGCUUUGCUUAUAUAACAGUACUUGAUUAUUAGUAUCAAAAUCUACCUGAAGUACCAGCACUUGUCCUGUAGA